UUGAUCCAGAGACUCUUCCCUGAAUGAUGGGCACAGAGCACGUCAGGUUUCUCUGCCUGCCCCAGUGUCCAGCCUGGGCCUUUGCCAGGGGCGCUCUGGGCACCAGGCCCCUUUCAGACUGAGAGCAACUGAUGCCAUGGAGAAGCCAGCCCCUGCCCACCUCUUCACUCACCUGGUCCUGCCCACUGUGAGACCUUUUCACUGAGACCCCUGGAGGUGCCAACCCUGUGAGCCGCUCCCCUGUCCCCUGCCCACCCCCACCAUGUGUGAAGUGAUGCCCACAAUCAACGAGGGAGACCCCCUGGGGCCUCCCCAUGGAGCCGAUGCUGACGCCAACUUUGAGCAGCUGAUGGUGAACAUGCUGGAUGAGCGAGAGAAGUUGCUAGAGUCCCUUCGUGAGAGUCAGGAGACUUUGCUGGCGACACAGAGCCGGCUCCAGGAUGCCCUGCAUGAGCGAGACCAGCUCCAGCGCCACCUUAACUCUGCCCUCCCCCAGGAAUUUACCACCUUAACCCGGGAGCUGAGUAUGUGUCGGGAGCAGCUUCUAGAGAGGGAGGAAGAGAUAUCAGAGCUGAAAGCAGAGCGGAAUAACACAAGGUUGCUUCUGGAACAUCUGGAGUGCCUGGUGUCCCGCCAUGAGCGGUCACUGAGGAUGACUGUGGUGAAGCGUCAGGCUCAGUCACCAUCAGGGGUUUCCAGCGAGGUGGAGGUGCUGAAGGCUCUCAAGUCACUGUUUGAGCACCACAAGGCCCUGGAUGAGAAGGUACGAGAGCGGCUCCGGGCGGCCCUUGAGAGAGUGACCACUUUGGAAGAGCAGCUGGCGUGUGCCCACCAGCAGGUGUCUUCCCUACAGCAGGGGGCAGGGGUUCGGGAUGGAGUGGCCGAAGAAGAGGGGACUGUGGAGCUGGGACCAAAAGGCCUGUGGAAGGAGGAUGUGGGCCAGGUUGAGGAGCUGCAGGAGCUUCUGGAGAAGCAGAACUUUGAGUUGAGCCAGGCCCGGGAGCGACUGGUCACCCUGACAGCAACUGUGGCUGAACUGGAGGAGGACCUGGGCACAGCCCGCCGGGACCUCCUCAAGUCGGAGGAGCUAAGCAGCAAACAACAGCGGGACCUCCGGGAAGCUCUAGCCCAGAAGGAGGACAUGGAGGAGCGGAUCACCACCCUGGAGAAGCGCUACCUGGCUGCUCAGCGUGAGGCUGCAUCAAUCCAUGACCUCAACGACAAACUGGAGAACGAGCUGGCCAACAAGGAAUCCUUGCAUCGCCAGUGUGAGGAGAAAGCCCGAUAUCUGCAGGAGCUACUGGAGGUAGCCGAGCAGAAACUUCAGCAGACAAUGCGCAAAGCCGAGACGCUGCCAGAGGUGGAGGCCGAGCUGGCCCAAAGAGUUGCAGCCCUCACCAAGGCUGAAGAGCGACAUGGCAACAUUGAGGAGCACCUCCAACAGCUGGAGGGACAGCUGGAGGAGAAGAACCAAGAGCUGGCGCGGGUGCGCCAGCGGGAGAGGAUGAACGAAGCCCACAACAAGCGGCUGUCAGACACGGUGGACAGGCUGCUGAGUGAGGCGAAAGAGCGCCUGCAGCUCCACCUCAGGGAGCGCAUGGCAGCCCUGGAGGAGAAGAACACCUUGAUCCAAGAGCUGGAGACCUCCCAGCGGCAGAUUGAAGAGUAGCACCAUCACAAGGGCCGCCUGUCUGAAGAGAUUGAGAAACUGCGCCAAGAGGUGGACCAACUGAAGGGUCGAGGAGGACCAUUUGUGGAUGGCAUCCACUCCAGGGCGUACACGGGCAGUACGACGGAUGUGCGGUUCUCCCUGAGCACAGCUGCCCACGCAUCCCAAGGUCUGCAUCGUUGUUACUCAGCACGGCGGGAACAAUCUGCCAAGGACUGGGAGCCAUCUCCACCGCCUGAGGUGCUGGUCCCGACAGCCACCCCUGCCUUUGACAGUGACCGUGAAAUCUCUGAUGUGGAUGAGGAUGAACCAGGGGGUCUGGUGGGCUCCAUGGAUGCUGUCUCCCCCAGCAGCCACUCAGACGCCCAGACCCUGGCCAUGAUGCUGCAGGAGCAGCUGGAUGCUAUCAAUGAGGAGAUCAGGAUGAUCCAGCAAGAGAAGGAGUCCACAGAGCUCCGUGCUGAGGAGCUGGAAACUCGAGUGACUAGUGGCAGCAUGGAGGCCCUAGACCUGACCCAGCUGCACAAACGAGGUUCCAUCCCCACCUCUCUGACUGCCUUGUCCCUGGCCAGCGCAUCCCCUCCACUCAGCGGCCGUGCCACACCUAAGCUUACCUCCCGCAGUGCUGCCCAGGACCUGGACCGAAUGGGGGUCAUGACCUUGCCCAGUGACUUAAGAAAGCAUAGGAGGAAGCUGCUGUCACCAGUGUCUUGGGAAGAGAACCGAGAGGAUAAAGCCACCAUAAAAUGUGAGACUUCUCCUCCUUCCUCACCCAGGACACUGCAGCUAGAAAAGCUUGGCCACCCAGCCCUGAGCCAGGAAGAAGGCAAGAGUGCUUUGGAGGAUCCAGGCAGCAACCCCAGCAGCAGCAACAGCAGCCAGGACUCCUUGCACAAGGGUGCCAAGCGCAAGGGCAUCAAAUCAUCCAUCGGCCGCCUGUUUGGGAAGAAGGAGAAAGGCAGGCUGAUCCAGCCGAGCCGGGAUGGACCCACAGGCCAUGUUGUACUACUAACAGACUCUGAGCUCGGUCUGCAGGAGCCCAUGGUGCCUGCCAAGCUGGGAACCCAGGCAGAAAAGGACCGGAGGCUGAAGAAGAAACACCAGCUGCUUGAAGAUGCCCGGAGAAAAGGAAUGUCCUUUGCCCAGUGGGACGGCCCUACUGUGGUCUCCUGGCUAGAGCUCUGGGUGGGGAUGCCUGCUUGGUAUGUGGCAGCCUGCCGGGCCAACGUCAAGAGUGGCGCCAUCAUGUCAGCCCUAUCGGACACAGAGAUCCAGCGAGAAAUUGGCAUCAGCAAUGCCCUGCACCGGCUCAAGCUCCGGCUGGCCAUUCAGGAGAUGGUGUCGCUGACCAGCCCCUCUGCCCCGCCCACCUCCAGGACUUCUUCUGGGAAUGUCUGGGUCACCCAUGAAGAGAUGGAAACUCUGGCAACAUCCACUAAAACAGACAGUGAGGAGGGAAGCUGGGCUCAGACCCUGGUCUAUGGGGAUAUGAACCACGAGUGGAUUGGGAACCAGUGGCUCCCCAGCCUGGGGCUCCCCCAGUACCGCAGCUACUUCAUGGAGUGCCUCGUGGAUGCUCGCAUGCUGGAUCACCUCACCAAGAAGGACCUGCGGGUCCACCUGAAGAUGGUGGACAGCUCCCACCGAACCAGUCUUCAGUAUGGCAUCAUGUGCCUGAAGAGGCUGAAUUAUGACCGGAAGGAGCUGGAGAAGCGGCGGGAGGAAAGCCAGCAUGAGAUCAAGGAUGUGCUGGUCUGGACCAAUGACCAGGUAGUUCAUUGGGUCCAAUCUAUUGGGCUCCGGGACUACGCAGGAAACCUCCAUGAGAGUGGUGUGCAUGGCGCUUUGCUGGCCCUGGAUGAGAACUUUGACCACAACACACUGGCCCUGGUUCUCCAGAUACCCACACAAAAUACCCAGGCACGCCAAGUUUUGGAGAGAGAGUUCAACAACCUGUUGGCUUUGGGCACAGACCGGAAGCUGGAUGAUGGGGAAGACAAAGGGCUCCGCCGUGCGCCCUCCUGGAGGAAACGCUUCCGCCCGCGGGACCCGCACGGCCGCGCCCAGCUCAGCGCCGCGGCCGACACGCUCCCGGCAGCCUUCCGCGCGUCCACCGUGGGGCCCUUGCCGCCUCCACCGUCCCAGCCGAAGAAGAUCAUGCCUGAAGCUCGCUCCCACUAUCUCUACGGACACAUGCUCUCCGCUUUCCGGGACUAGCCACAGCCCCCGCAAGGCCAGCUUCCUCCUGCUUGGUAUCACAGGCUCGGAUAGACCUUGCUGUCCUGCUGGUUCCCCUUAACUCCCAGAGCUCCUAGUCUCCUCUCUCAGAAUAUAUUCGUCUACCCCUUAGUAUCCCGCUACCCCAAAUCCACCGUGUGUCCCUCGUAAGGCUCUCUGGGAUGUGUCUGGGUCUCCUGGUGGUGUGAGGCAGCCAGGUCGUCCAUGCUUGUGGCUCUGCGGCAGGGAGAGGAAGGCAGCUGGAGAUGGAUGGACUCCCCCUUCCGUCUUCUGCAUCUAACAAGUCUGGACUGCACACUCCACCGGAGACCAGGACGCAGCACCAAGGGCUGGGGUGGCCCUUCCAAGGAAAGGGAGCUUCAGACUUCUUGCUUGGGUUACUUGGCAUUCUGGUUUCCGUCUGUCUCUUGGUUGCACUAGAUGGUCUACGUCUGCUUUUGGCACCCCCACCAUUUUCCCUUCCCCGACUCCUCCGCACCUUGUAGCUGCUGCUUCACCUUCAGGACCUCUUUGGGGGCUAGGAGGAGAUGUAGACGGCCCUAUUCUUCCUCAGGAUGAUGAACCUGGGAAGAAGGAAGGCUCAGAAGGAGAUUCUAGGCCCUGGUUUAAGUUGAAUCCCAAAUAUCAACAUAAGCAUGGGGAAAUUCAGCCCUCCUGCCCAGUGAGAGGUUGCAGGCAGGUCAGCUAGAGGGAGAUCCGAUGUCCUGUGAUAGCUCUAAGCCCAAGUGGCAGUGGGAAUUGCCUCCUGCCCCAGCUGUAGGGUAGAGCUGCUGCUGGGCUGGAGGGAGAAGGAUCUUGGCUCUGGGCAGAACAGAGCUAACCAUGCGCUGCCAGCUAUGUGCCCAGUAUUUCUUCCCUUGCUGUCUCCCUCUGACCCACUUCUUUGAUAACCUCAGCCCUUCAAAAAUGUACCUAAUGAGUGGAUUGAGUAUAUAUUAAUACGUUGAACUUAAAAUCUGGUUUGGGAAAAAGGUAAUCUGAGGCUUCCUCCCCCUGAUCUCCUAGCAGGAAAAUAAAGCUUCGCCUUUAGUGAAUCAUGUCCUAGGUCCAGGAAAUCCAGUAUUGUUAAAGACUGCCAUUCUCCUGCUUGUGCCCAAACUGUCACCCUUUGUUCAAGGUGCUUUUGGUGUUCAGGGGCUGCCUCCAGAAAUUCCUGAGACCUGCCUAGUCUCAGUUGCUUUCCCCAGCAGCAUGGUGGCAUGUAGGGCUGAGGGAUAUAGGUCCUGGUUUGGUAGGAAUAUCAUUUCCAAUAAAUUCUCCUUCUUCACCCA